AAGCGCCCAUCGCGUUUGGUUCAUUGCUGACUAAGCAGAAUUUCGGGGUCUGGGACGCUGCCCUCUCUCCUCGCUGUCUCUCGUCUCAUCCACACUCAUUCGCAGUGGCAUGCUUGAAGGUUGGAGGAGAGCAUGUAUUCAGGUUACUAUAAGACAUAAUACAUCUCAAAAGUUCUCUAGCCGCUCGCUCAGCACCAAUGUAAUCCUCCGCUACGCCGCGGCAUCCGCUCCGGCAGCGGUGAGGACGGAGGACUUCCCCUGCGAAGUUAUCAGGUGUGUGGCCAGCAGGAGUGAGCGGAUCGAGGUGCUAAAAAAACCGUAGGAACUUUUCUAUCAUUGCUCACAUUGGUGAGUGGUGCUGCCGUGUUUGAAGGAACAGUACAGACAUUUACUAGUGCACUAAGAUCAUGGAAAGUCAACGUUGGCCGACCGGUGAGCCUGUCCAUCAUUCACGACUUGACUGGAAGCUAAAUUUACUACAUAGGCUACUAGAGGUAAGGUUGUCAGGUUGAACGAUCGUGUAAAUAUGGGUAUAACCUGCCAUACAGUUGACGGGAACGAUUGCGAAGAAGGACAAGGGCAUGAAUAAGCAAGUCCUGGAUAAGCUGAAAGUUGAGCGUGAACGCGGCAUUACAGUGAAGGCCCAGACUGCUAGCAUGAUUCAUCCAUUUGGUGGGAAGAACUAUCUCCUGAAUCUAAUAGAUACCCCUGGCCAUGUAGACUUCGCUUGGGAAGUCUCCCGCUCAUUGGCAGCCUGCCAAGGAGCCCUUCUCCUCGUUGAUGCCUCGCAAGGUGUUCAAGCUCAGUCAUUAUCCGUUUUCCAUGCUGCCAAGGAACGUGGUCUGGAGAUUAUACCCGUCCUGAACAAGAUUGAUCUCCCAGCGGCCCAGCCGGAGGUUGUCGCCGCCCAGAUGCAAUCCAUCUUUGGCAUAGAUCCCAACAAUGUGCUUAAAAUAUCAGCAAAGAGUGGUAUCGGUAUGGAGGCCGUCUUGCAGGCUAUUAUUGAGCGAAUACCCCCUCCUCCCGGCAAGGUAGACGACCCCUUGAAAGCCUUCCUGUUCGAUUCUUCCUACGACAAAUAUCGCGGCGUGAUCUCUCUGGUUAAUAUCCAAGGGGGUGCCCUCAAGAAAGGUGAUAAGAUCAUGUCGUGUUACACCCGGAAAAAAUAUGAGGUUGUCGAACUGGGUAUCAUGCAUCCUGAGGAGACCCCUACUACAACCUUGCUUCCUGGGCAAGUAGGUUUUAUUGCCUGCAACAUGAAGGAGUCUUCAGAGGCGCAUAUCGGUGAUACACUGCACCGCGUCGGAGCGCCAGUAGAGCCCAUGCCCGGAUUUAAGCCUGCAAAAGCUAUGGUGUACGCGGGUGUUUUCCCGGUGGACAGCAACGACUUCCUGAAGCUCGAAGAAUCGAUCAAGCGGCUGACUCUGACGGAUCGCAGUGUCGAGGUCACGCGGGAAUCGUCGUCUGCUCUCGGCCAAGGCUGCCGCCUUGGCUUCCUUGGGUCCCUGCACAUGGAUGUCUUCCGCCAGCGGCUCGAAGACGAGUACAACGCUAAUGUCAUCAUCACUGCACCCACCGUGCCGUACAAGGUCAUUUGGGGUGACGGCAAGGAGACAUACAUCAGCAACCCGACCGAUUUCCCAGAUGUCUCCGAUUCCACGUCUAAGGUGAAGGUAAUCCAGGAGCCGGUAGUGAAGGCCUCCAUUAUCGUUCCCCAGGAAUACCUGGGAGAGAUGAUGAACCUCUGUUUCACGCAUCGUGGUGAAGAACCGGACCACCGCUAUUUGGAUGCUUCCGGCAGCCAGGAUGCCCGCAUUAUCCUGACGUGCAUCAUUCCACUCGGCGAGAUUGUGACAAACUUUUUUGACAAGCUGAAGAGUAGAAGCUCCGGGUUUGCGAGUUUUGACUAUGAAGACGCCGGAUACAGGCCCAGCAAGCUCUCGAAGAUGACGUUCUUGCUGAAUGGUAAACCCGUGGACGCCCUCGCACUCAUCGUCCACAAGUCCGCCGAAGAUGAAGUCGGGCGGGCGUGGGUCAAGAAGCUCUUCAAAGUAAUCCCCCGUCAGCUCUUCGAAGUCCCCAUCCAGGCCGCAGUCGGCAAACGCAUUAUCGCGCGCGAGACGCUGAAGGCGCUCCGCGCGGACGUCACGGCGGGGCUCUAUGGCGGGCAUUACGAGCGCAAGCUAAAGCACCUCGUGAACCAGAAGGAGGGCAAAAAGCGCAUGAAGAAAGUUGGCAAGGUCGACCUACCUCAGGAGGCAUUCUACGAUAUCCUCAGUACCAAAACAUAGGCGUAUACUAGAUCUAGGGCGGCGAUUAUAUUAAUUUGUUACUUGAUACAGUGUGGUGGCGUGGAUACAGCUGAGUGUUAUGCGUGCGAAUGCGAGCAAGUGUAAGCAACGCGUAGUGGGAUUCGGAUAUAUCAUCGGAGUUAUAGCUGGGUACAGACCGAUUGCUCCACUAGUACUUGAUCUUGUACUCUAGCGUGGUGUCUUCGUCAUCGUAUGUCUCCUUAAUCAACCUGAGGUAAUAUUGUUA